AUGGCUAACUCGUCAAGCUAUGUUAACCUACUACAUAGUCAACAUCCAGUUGACCUUGAAUCACCCGAACCUUUUUGGUUCGGUAGCCAAGGUGCUGAUGAGGCUUAUGGGAUGUCUGGUAGCCAAGUUCCUGAUACAGACGCUGCUGUGAAGUCAACUCCCCAAGCUGCUGAGAGGAGGAAAUGGACUCAGAUAGAGGAUAAAAUCCUUAUUGGAGCAUGGCUUAACACCAGUAAAGACCCGGUCGUGAGCAAUGAGCAGAGAGCUGGAGCAUUCUGGAAGCGGAUUGUAGAGUACUACAACGCAAGCCCUCUCCUGGUUGGCAAAAUAGAGAGAGAGCUGGUUCCUUGCAAGCAGAGAUGGGCUCGGAUUAACGAGCAAGUAUCGAAGUUUGCUGGAUGCUAUGAUGCGGCUCUUCGGGAGCAAAGAAGUGGUCAAAAUGAUGAUGAUGUGAUGAAAGCUGCCUUAGACUUAUUCUUCAACAAUUACGAGUCCCAGUUCAAAAUGGAUCACUGCUGGAGGGAGCUGAGGCAUGACCAGAAAUGGUGGUCCAUGUUUAAGGGUAAGGACAGUGGUAAGGAGAAGCGCAAAGUGGUGGAUGUUGAUACAGAAGAAGAGGCUGAGGGUAGACCUCUCGGAGUGAAGGCUGCAAAAGCUGAUCUUAAGAAGAAGAAGAGUGGCAGAGAACAGGAGUUGUCAAAGUUACAAGGCGUUUUAGAACUGAAAGGACAACUGUCUAGGCAAAAGAUCCUUGAACGUAUUACUGUUAAGGCUGAAGUUGUCACGGGUGCAUUGAAGCUUGGGAAAGUCACGGGUGCAUUAGGAGUAGGGAAAGUCACGGGUGCCUUAGGAGUACUGAAACUCACGGGUUCAUCUCUUUCAGUUUAUGUAGUAUAA